AUUAUCUAGUACGCAAAUGCGUAAUUUAUAACCCGAUUUUGUAUGCAAUACUCACUCCCUCUGUGCAGUGUAAGUGGUCUUCAGAACAUGAGAUAAGUCCAGCUCUUGCAAAACAUAUAGGUGAAUCAUUAUGUAUAUUGCUGUGUGCUAUCGCUGAUAGGGGUGAGUGGGUGAGGAGUGGCUGCAGGAGGGUGAUUUGAGAGAUGGUUUGAGCUCUGAACUGCAAUUGUUGUACUUGUGAGGGAGGGAGUGAGUUCACGUUUCAGUGUGCUUGGAUUGAUGAGUGGACGUUUCAACUUCCUCGACUUGCGAGCUGCGAGGUUGAACUAGUUCUGCUUUUUAAUGGUGACUGUCCUUCUUACUGCAACUCGCAUGUUAGUCGAAUUCACUCUUUUCAUCUCUCAGUAUCCUUCCGCGCUCCCCGAGGAAGCAUCCCUUUCAUUGCAGGUCCUUUUUUGUGAGCCUCGAGGCCAUGGCCUCAAGUACUUGAUCUUGUUAAGUGCUCAGGCAGAUUACUGACGCUUCGGUCUCUGUCCCUCUGUCUAUCUCUCUUUCCCUCCCCCCCUUUCUGUCUGUCUGUCUGUCUGUCUCUCUCAUUGUGAUUGACUUUACCUCGGUUGAGUUGUUGCUUUGAGAUUGCGUCUUUAGUACGAGCGUAUACGACUGGAACACCCACUUCUGAGGGUGUUUGUUUGUUUUCUGAUAAGAAGAAUGCUCUGAAUUGCCUUGCACCUUCUCCUCUGUUGGCUGCUCAAUUGCUCACCUCUGUCCUCCAGUUGAUUGUGAGAAUUUGUACAAGUGUCCACUCUUGGUAGUUCGAGAAUGCGAUUGUGUAAUCGAACGAUAUGCACAGAAUUCCACGGUUCAAUCAAAGAACAUCAUUCCUACAGAACCGCAAUAGAAGCGUAGGUUGCCAAGAUCAUAGCAACCUUAGAGAAGCUCUUGCAGAAUUGCGCGGUUCAGGAGAGUGAGGUGCAUAGCUAUGGAGUAGAUUGGGCAACUGGCGUGAUGGAUACGAAUAGCGUAAUGGAUGUCGGAACAUACCAUCAUACCAUGAGGUGUGCGACGAGGAAUGGAAAGAAGACAAUUGGCGUUACGGGGCAGUACGAGGAACAGGAAAGUGAUGGCAAAAGGAAGAAGAGGAAGAAAGCGCUUCCAGAGGGUAGAAAAAUUAUCGUUGGCAUGAAGCUCGCUGCGUCGUGCAGAGAGGUUUUGACGUGGACCAUUGCUAAGGUUGCGCACCCUGGUGACCUUGUAAUUGCCCUCCAUGUUGCUCUCUUCCCAGCACAGUCAGGUUCUAGGGGUGAAGAAGUUUGCGCAAAUCAACAACAGUUGGCUACCUCUUUACGCAACGUCCUUUCAGUUUACGAAGGCCUCUGCACCCUCAAACAAAUCAAACUGCAGUUGGAGAUUGUAAACGGAACCAAGGCUAGGAAAACACUUGUAGAGGAGGCGCGCACAUACGAUGCAUAUAAGUUGAUUAUGGGGACCACCAGGCAGCAUGCAGCAGGAUGGAGUGCUUCUCUUGGAAAAUACUGCAUAAAGCGGCUUCCGUCUACAUGUUCAGUCAUAAUUGUUGAUCAAUGGAAAAUUAUGUUCGAUAAAAGGGGCACGCAAUUGGAGACCUCUGGGCCCUCAAUGAUGAAAAUUCUUCGGCGGAGUGUGAAAAGCUUUGGAAGGAGCAGGAAAGUGUCCAUAGCUGUAUCAUGCAUCGAUGAUGACGGCACUGCAUCCACAUCUUCCACACCGACUACAACUGAGAAGAAGGAUGGCAUUGUUGUAGACUGCGACGAUCGCGUCAGUGUUCAUGAUUCUGAUUGUACUUCGUCAUCUAGCUCAACAAUGUUGCAUGAGGGCACGACCGGAUCGAGGUCAAAGUCAGGCUCAGGUUCGCCGAACAGUGUCCUUCCAUCCAAUCAAAUUGAAAGCGCAUUGAAUGAUUUCGAGGCAUUUCGUUUGUCAUAUUCAAAGCGUCGAUUAGAAGGUUCGAUCUCGAAACGGACGAACUCCUUGAGGAUUGAAAGGCAAAAUCUGCAGCGACUUUGUGGUGGUGAAGGUGACGGUGAUGAAGACGAUUCCGUUGAAGAGUUGGACCCUUACCCGACGGAAGUAUACAAUUCUGAUGAUAAUGAAUCAAGAUGUUCCAUGCCCGUUUUUACUGAAAAGACAGUUGCGGAGACUAUGACGCCCCCUGAGAUUGAAGCAGGCAUCCAGAAAGGUUGGCCUCUCGUCAAUCACUCUUUCAGAGACGAUAAAUUGUCUAAGACCUUAAUAUCUCUUGAGACUGAUGAGCCUGUGCAGAGAGGCUGGCCCCUCAUGCAUCGUUCUUUAAGUCGUGAGAACUUCAACCUGCCCUUAGGUCCGACGCUGGACCGAAGCAUGUCAGUUGUAAAUUGGGCGUUGCAAUUACCUCAGCGAAGUGGAGAAUUCGCAGAUAGAGUUAGUAUUACCAAUGAUCUCCGGAAAGAUGGCAACUAUUCUACUCACAUGCAAUCUGGUAGAGAGGAUCAAUCCUAUUCCGCUAAAGUCAGUGUUUCUUUUAGCCUACCACAUGUCAGGACACGUACAAUGGGCCGAUUCGAACCCGACCGGCUAGUGUCCGUAACAGGUAGAAUUCAUCAAUUAUGCCGAGACCGUCCACGAAUUUAUACGUAUGAAGAGCUUGACGCGGCAACUUCGGGCUUCUCUCCAAGUAAUUUGAUAGGGAUUGGUGGCGGGAGUCAAGUAUUCCGUGGCACGACAUCCGAUGGCCGACUCGUAGCUGUCAAGCUGUUGAACCAAGGACGACCACAAGCACAGGAAGAGCUUCUCACUGACAUUGAGAUCAACAGCUCACUGAAGCAUCGUCACAUUGUUCCAUUACUCGGCUAUUCUGUAGAUGCCAAACAUCUCAUCCUUGUUUACGAAUUUCUUCCUAAUGGAAACUUGGACGAUCACCUUCAUGGUGGCAAGGACUCAGCUGUGAUUCCAUGGGAAGUUCGCUAUAGGAUUGCUGUUGGGAUAGCUCAGGCCUUGGACUACCUUCAUGAUGGAUGCCCCCGGCCAGUUGUGCACAGGGAUGUCAAAGCAUCCAAUAUUUUGUUGACUUCAACCUUCGGUGCCCAGCUGUCGGAUUUUGGACUGGCGAAAUGGGCUCCUACAGACACUCCAUUUAUUAGAUGUAAUGAUGUAGUGGGCACGUUUGGCUAUUUGGCUCCCGAGUACUUCAUGUAUGGAAGAGUGAACGAGAAAACCGACGUAUACUCCUUUGGUGUGGUCCUUCUCGAGCUCCUUACUGGUCGGCAGCCAAUUGACACAACUAGGCCAAAAGGCCAAGAAAACCUUGUUCUUUGGGCGCGGCCAUUGCUAGAGGAGAAAAACAUUGACAUAUUGGCUGAUGCCCGACUCGAUGGUGAAUUCGACGUCGACGAACUCAAAAGCCUGAUGCUUUCAGCUGCACUUUGCAUCCGCCACUCUGCUCAGCGAAGACCACGGAUGAACACGAUACUCAAAAUCUUGUCUGGAGAAGGUGAGAGUCUUGGCUACUGGCCACGGCAGGGACUCAUCAACAAGUCAAUGGACAUGGAGGAUGCUAGCAACAAUUUGGUGGAUGGGGCUGCGGAUUAUGGCGAGACAGACAUCCGGACUCACUUGGCACUUGCAAUGCUCGGAGUUGAUGAUGGGGUCGACGAUGAAUCUUCCUUCCAUGACCAUGAUCCAAACGGGAUGCCCGCUCCUCAUUCUAGCGCUUACCUUGAAGAGUAUCUGAAGGGCCGGUGCAGUCGGUCGACAAGCUUCAACAGUUAAACAUCGUCUUCAUUCUGUAUAUCAAACAAUUCGCGUCCGAGAAUUCGAUUCAAUCUGGAUUUUAACCAGAUGCUGAAUGUCUGAAUGAUUGAAAGCUCCUCGGGUAUGUUCUUUCUGCAUUCAAAAUUCAUAUACUCUCAUUUCAUGCAAGCUUCGUUGCUCUUCAUCCCGAGGUAUCAUGAUGGUGUGAAACUUAGUCACACUUGAGCAGACGAGGCACUCCUUCAAGCUGGCCACCUGAUAUUGGGAGAAUCCUCUAGGUCAGCGUGAAGCAAACAAUGACCUGCGCAUUUCAUCAUCGCAGUGUUUCUUGAGUGAGACUUACUGCCAAGUAUUCAGAGCGUCCAAACCCAUCUUUCAGAGCAGAAUCUGCUCAGGUCCCAGCGAAGUUUGGAAACAUUGUAGAAGUUUAUGUAGUAUACACCCAGUAAUUUUGCCCAGAUUGAAAUAGAUGUACCCAUUUCCGACCGUCCCUAGCCGGAAGAGCUUCGGGAAAGAGUUGGAUUAAGAUACGCUGAGAAACAUGUUUCUUAGGCCUUUGAAAGAGUCGAAGGUCCAAUGUUGAUACAGAGCCUUGAAGCGCCAGAGCUCCAACUGACAAUGACAACCAAGUCAUUGUGUUGGUUCGUGGAGCGUAAGAAGGGGAGAGAGGAGACUAGGAUUAACACUUACAUGGCUGUACCAAGACCAUGAUAUAUACUUCUGAUUCAAUAUUGACUGUUUGGUCAAGUAUUCAAACCCAAUUAUUUGUUUGAAA